AUGUAUAUGGCUUCUAAAUAGAAAUUAAUAAAAUUAUCAGCAAUGUUAGAAUAAUGGAUAAAAACUACGUAUUUGUUAAAUUAGCAGCUAAAAUGCCCUAAUGUGGUGUAAUAUUUAGUUUUCAGUCUAGCAUUAUUUUAGCCAUAUUAUUUUAGAAAUUAAAAGUAAGUCGAGCAAAAUAUUAUCUACAAACUUCUUUAAAUAUUUAUACGGCCAGAUAUCAUAAUUAUCCAGAAUGGAUACUUUCAUGGUGAAUUUUACAUCAUUUUAUUGAUCAUAUGGAUUAUUCAAAAAUUAUUAUUCAUUCUGAUUUGUUUGCUUAACUCUUAUUAUGAGACAUACUUUAAAAAAUUAUUAUUAUAGGAUCUUUUCUUAUAUGUACUUUAAAUAAUUACCUAUUAUUAAUGUUUUUUAGGAAUCUAUUUCAUUUUACCAAUAUCUAGGAUAUUUUUAUUUGCCUUUUACUAAUCAGUCUAGGAAAUACAAGAAGGUAUUCCUUCUUCAACAUUAAAAUCUUUUCUUUGUGUACUUGGGUAAUUGAUGUACACAUUUGACAUAAUAUAUUUUAUGAAAAUCGAUCAUCAUCCAACUACUUAUAAGACAAUUAAAUGCAAAUAGUUUUAAAUUUCGAAUUUUGAUUAUUAUAUACUUAAAUUUAGAUUGCUCUAAGUCAUCAUUGCAGAUUAAAACGAAUCCCUAUAUUUACAAUAAAUCGAAUAAAUUACUAUAAUACUAAUAGCUCUGCUAUAGAUAAUUAAUUAAAUAAGAAAUUGUGGCUAUAUCUACGAAGCACAAAAAAAGAUAUUCUUAAGUUGUUAAGCUUUCUUAAUAAUGAGUGGAAUUUACAAUAUUAUGAAUUAGAGUGGUGUAGAUCAGCAAGAUAUUUAAUUAUUGUUUUUUAUAACAAUUCCAUCAAUUAUAUAUAUUUUAUAUAAGUUUUAAGAGUAACAGGAUAAUAAAUAUUUUACAGCUAUAUUUCUACAUAAAAGUAAAGAUUUUAAAUAGAUGGUUGAUUUAAAUAUCAAUUAAAUUUUAUAUUAAUUGGUGAGAAUAUUAAAUAAUUGUGAUUGCGGUACAAAUUACAAGAAUUUCAAGUAAUCUUUAAUUUAUUUUCACCAUAAAAAAAAAUGUAAAAUAGCAAAUUGUGUCUGUGAGCUCGACUAUUACAUAACUGAAAGUACAUAAAUCAAUGCUACGACAAGCUUAAUGAUUAAUAAUUUUAUGAAAUCUCAAUAUAAACAACUCAUAAAGAAACUGUUUUUAGUGAAAAUGAAAAAUUAAGUCAAAUAGGAUUUAUUAAUAUCUACAGCCAUACUUCUCCAUGAUUUUAAUUAAAUGAUGGUUUCAUUAUAAAUUCUUAGUUAAUUAAAAAAGUCAAAAGAGAAUAAAAUAUUUAAUGUUUCAUUCCUAUAUCACUUCAUGAAGUAUAUUAUUGGGUUAAUUUAGUUAGAAAGAUUAUAAGGAGAAUGAAUAAACCAAAAUCAGAAUAAUGCUCUCAACUAUUGAAUAGAUCUAGAUAAACCUAGUAUUAUAAUAAUCAAGGAUUAAAUUUGAAGCUAAUUUAGGAACAUCCCUUAGAGCAGCUAGCCAAACUUUGAUAAGGUAAUACUUAAAUGAAUUCUUAAUAAGCCAAACUAAUCAGCAAGAACUAAUUCUUGGAAUGAAGGAAUGCGUAAGAUUAAAGAUUUAAUUUUAUGAAAUAUUGGAUUCAGACUCAGGAUUUACAUUUACCUAACUUUUUAAAAAGGUUAAAGAAACUUCUAAAUAUUUGUUGAAAAUUGAAAAAUAAUUUAAUUCUCUAUUUACUUUAAGUCCAGAUUUAUAAUUACAAUAAGCUUACUGUUUUUUUGAGGCAUAAAUUAUGAACAAUUUGCUUGCCGCUUUUAAUAUCAAACAAUCAGAAGUAAACUUAAAGGAAAAUUAAAUAAAAUACAGAGGUAUUAAGGGUUUAAACUUAUCUGCUGAUGUCAACUCAUAUAUUCUCUUAUCGGUAGAUGAAAAUUUUAGAACGUUUAGCAUAAUCUAAUCUUCUCACAAUUUUUUUAGAUUGUUUGGAAUGUAUUUUGAUUUGACAACUUAUGGUUUUAAUGACAUCAUUCCUUAAUUUUAUAUUAAAUAACAUGAGAAUUCUGUUUAGAAUUUUUUUCAUUCGGGAUAGAAUAAGUUUUAUAGAAAUUUUAAUUACACAUUCAUCAAAACUCAUAAUGGAUUGUUAAAAUAAGUUAGCUUAUGCAUAGAUAACACACAGAUUUUUAAACUCGAUAAAUUUAUAUUUGUUGGUCUUCUUCAAAGUGUAAAUACGGAACUUCCAAUCUUAGUAGUGGAUGCUUAAACCUAAAUAGUUUAUUUUACACCCAAAACUCUAUAAUCAUUUGGAAUAAAUGAGCUAUAACAAAAAUAAUUUAUUGAGGAUGGUGUAUUGCACUAGAUUGGAAUAUAAACUGUUAUUCCUUAUUAUAAUAUGAUGAUUAAGGCAGAAGUUAAUACCGAUAUAGUAACCACGUUUUGUUUCUUUCUUAAACCUUAAUAUAAUUAAGAAACAAUAUUGACAUAAUCAAGUAUUAGAAAAGACUCAAACUUCUUUAUUUGGAAAAAUAAAGAAAAUAUAAAUUGUUUUAGCAUUGAAAUAAAAGUAGAAAAAGUGAAUCUUCAACUUGCUUGUUACUAUUAAUUAGAGUUUAUAUCAUUGAAAUAAAUUCUAAGCCAUGAUGAGAGAAAGAAAGUGCUUGAACUUUACAAGCCUUGUUUAGGAGAGAGUACAACUAGCAAGGGAUCAAAGUGGAAAGGAAAGCAUUUAAAGAUUCUUAGUGUAUUGUCAUUUCGGUAAGAAAGAAAAAAAAACACUCUCAAGUUAUAGGACUCAAAUUUAAAAUAAAGCAUAAUGAUUAAUUAGAACUAAGGAUAAUCAAAAAAUUUGAACUAAUCUUCAUUUAUACAAUAAAAUCAAAGUCAAUCAAAUUUAUUAAGUAGUAAAGCAAGAAAUGAAUAAGAGUUUUAUAAAUCUUUUAAUAAAUCAUUUGUUGAGAGUGAUGUAUAAAAUAGUUAGUUAGAUAGAGAAGAGCAUUCUCCUGAAAAAAAAAAGAAUAAGGAUGGAAAAGCUUCUAAAGCAAAUCAUCAAUAAAUAGAAAGAAUAGGACAAUAAUCAUCAAGUAUUGCAGGUUUUUAUAGACCUUUUUUUUAUAAUAGAUAUUAUUUAAUAGAAAAAAUGAGUGGGAAGAAAAAUCCAAAGAAAAUAGAUUCUUUUCUAUUUUUUUUUAUCGGGCAAAGUUUAAUUUUUUUUAUUUUUUCUUUUCUGGUUAUGAUUAACAUGACCUCUGAUAUGACACUUAUAAUAGAUAACAUUGAAAUGGAUUCAUUACACGCUAGUAUUAUGGGACCUCAUGAUUUAUUUUUUUCAAUGAGGAUUACAGUAUCUUCUUAUUAAUAGAUGUAGAGAGAAGGUUUUUUGACUUAAAAUUAAAUGGUCUAAUUAACUGACCCUUUUUAUACCAACAUACGAUCAGGAUAUUUGGAAUUGAAAGAUAGCUUCUAUAAAUAAUUAAGAAAUGAGUAUUUAUAAGAAUUUUUUUCUGAUAUUGUUUUAAAUCUAAGAUUUAUGAAUGAAAAUGAAAAAGAAUUGUAAAAUAUGUCAACUAGCUUUAGAGAAUCACUUUUAACUAUUCUAUAGUAUUAAUAUGCUCAUAUGAGGAUUAUUGAGUAGAGAUAAAGCACAUCUGGUAAACCAUGUCAAAUAUUUCUGAUGGCUAAUUAUUUUCUGUUGCAUGAAAAAGUAGAACUUAUAACUCAAGAAAUCUAAGGAUGGCUUAUUGACACAAAAGAAACGAUUGGUAAUAAAGGGAAAAUAUUUUGGAUUAUACUUUAAUUGUUAUUGAUAAUUUUUGGUUUCAUUGGACUAUUUAACUUUAAUUUGUACAUUAAGUAUUACGAUCAAUUUUUAUUAAUUUUUAAUGAAUUUAAUAAAUAAUUAAUUUAUGACUAAUUAAAUAGAUACGAUUUAAUACACUAAUAAUUGUAAUCAAAUUCAGAUGACAUAAUGAAAUAUAACUUUGAAUUAGAACUUUAUGAGCACGAAAAAACCUAAUCUUAAUAUGGUAGAGGUAAAGUUCAUCAUUUUAAGUUACUGAAUAGAAACAGAUAACAUUUGUCAAGAUUUCAUGUUUAUUCAAUAAUAGUGCUUAUAACUGUAGUUUAUUUGGUCUACACAAGUGUUAUUUACUAUAAAUAGGAAACAUUCUUAUAAAAAUAUAAUGACACUAUCACAUUGUAUAAAAUAAUUCAAGAUCUUAAAUUAAAGAGUGGAAGUAUUUAUUUAUUUAAAGAAAUCAGUCUUAGAUGGGAUAACUUCACUUUUUUAACAUAAGGUGAAAGAGAUAUUUUAUAUUAGUACAUUGACCAGUCACAUAAAAUAAUUGCUUAAUAUAUUAUUUUAUCUUCAACCUUUGAUUCAUCUUAAUAUUUGGUUGGGAGCAAAUUUGAAGAUAAAUUUUUGAAUAUUUAGAAAAAUAAUAUUUGCCUUGAGAUUUUAGAUGUAAGAUUAUAUUUUAUUUUCAGUAAUUGGAAGAAUAUAUGCUAUUUUAUUGUGAUAAGUCCUUCGAAGGUACAUUAACAAAAGGGUUAAUAGAGGCUUUAAAUUACAUUACAAACUCAAUAAAAACUUAAUAGUAGAUUAACAACUUCACCAAGAGAAUAGAAAUUUAACUAUAUGAGUAAGAAGGAUCUUAGAUAGUCACUCGAUCAUUUUUUGGAUUAUCAAACUUGUUUUUGCAAAGUGUGAAAGACACUUGCAAUGAAUUAAAUAAUUUUUUAAUUGUAAGAUUAUUAAUUAUAAUUAGUAUUUCUCUCUAAUUUAUAUGCUCGUAUCUGCUUUUCUAAUUAUUUUCAUAAAGUAACUAUAUAGAUAAUAUUUAAUAAAUGAAUACCACUAAAUCAGAUAGUCCUUAUUUUUGAUACCGAAAGAGUCAAUUCUAUAUGACGAAUCUUUGGAAAGAUAUCUCAGAGAAAUAGCACUUCAUUAAGGUUUAAUUUGA